AUGAGUGAUUCAGAAGAUCAAGAGGAGAGAGAUAACUUGGCCGCGAGAGAGAUCGCGCUGGCCGAGCAGCACGAAGAUCCGCCGGAUCCGAACCCGCGCACAAUCGCGCCAAUGAUGGAGCGCGACAUAAUGAAGAAUGCAGGAGGUGCACCCAAAGAGUACUUAAAGUGCAAACUAUUCUCUUUCACUUUGACAGGGAAGGCUUUGCGCUGGGUUAAGUCUCUUCCAGCUCAAUCCAUAACCACAUGGAAAGAGUACAAGGUGGCAUUCCUAGGUCACUUUUUCACAAAGCAGAGAGCAAACUUGUUGAGAGAAAAGAUCUCUAGUUUCCAACAAGGGCCGGUGGAGCCUUUUCAUGAAGCAUUGGAGCGCUUCAAGGACUAUACAAGAGAGUGUCCUAACCAUGGGCUAUCUGAGGGCAGUCUAUGGAACAUUUUCUACAGAGGAAUAAGUGGGAAGUGUAGAUUUUCUCUUGAUACAGCCAGCAAUGGAAAUUUCAUGACCAAGACAGUUACUGAAGCAAAGAUUUUGAUUGAAAAUCUAGCCUCAAGCGACAGUGACAACUUCAUUGGGCAUGAGAGAGCAGUGAAGGCCAUAAAUUCUGAUCCAUACAGAGAUGGAUACAGCGAAAUCAAAGCCAUGAUGGCUGAGAUACUGAGAAACCAAGGAAGAGAAGUGGAGAGACAAAGAGAAGCUUAUAGAGUUGAGUCCACAAUAAUUCAAGAUUACUUUGGAGAUUUGAUUCCAAGUUUCCAAGAAGAAGUAAACUUUGUUGGAAUAGAUGGAUCAGCACAUAGAGAAGAAGCUUGGAAAGGAGAGCAUGAUGUUUUUACUCAAGAAUCACCCAAUGAGAAGAGGGAUGUUCAUGGAGGAAGAAAUUAUCAGCAACCACCUCACAAGAGAAGAAUGGAGCCAAGGAGCAAUUUUGAAGAUUUGAUAACUUUCAUCAAGAGUUCUCAUAGAGAGCACACAGCCUUGAUUGAUGAGAGAUUGGACUCUAUUAAGAGAGAAGAAGGUGUGCUACCAGGAAAAGUGGAAAUCAAUCCAAGGAGAGCAGCUGUAGCAGCUAUCACUCUUAGGAAUGGAAAAGGGUAUGAGCCACCAGCAUACCCAGAUCAAGAGGAAGCAAAGCCGCCAAUCAAGAAGAAACCAAUGGAGUAUGUCAUUAUUGGAGAUGGGACUGAACCACCUAAGGAAGUCCAUGUCAGAAUAGAACCAGGAACUCAGGAGGAAGUGGAGAAGCCACCUGAAGAACCAAGAGUGUAUGAGCCAAAGAUCCCAUACAGAAAUGUUCUUUCUCAACCCAAGAAGGAGAAGGAGCAAGCAAAGCUCAAGGAUCUUGUUAGCCAACUUUCAGUAAGGUUACCUUUCAUUGAUGCUUGCCAAAUAAUUCCAUCUCUCAGGAAGUAUAUGAAGGCCAUACUCACAAGCAAUGUGAGUCUUGAAGAAGGAGCAAUGAUGAUUACAAAGGAGUGUAGUGCCAUACUUCAGAAUCGCAUGCCAGAGAAGCUGAACGACCCAGGAGUUUUGUUUUGUCUUGCAAGAUCGGUUCUACACACUUCCAUAGAGCACUUUGUGAUUUGGGUUCAGUGUGAACCUAAUGCCUUACUCAGUGGCCAAGCUAUUGGGCAUCACUGA